CGAGACGAGUGGAUAUUCGGCUCUUGAAAAUGUCUACUCACGCGAGUUCACGUCAGAGGAUUAUGGGGCCGAACCUCCACCUAUCACCAUGCCUGUUGGUCCGGUUGUGUCAAGCUACCUCGACGUGACCGCCGGGUUGAUCGACCUCUUCGACAACACACGUCUGGCUGCUGAUAUUGACGCCUGGGCCGAGCGGCCCCGUCCGCGGGAUAGGGCUACCAAUACGUCGUCGGCCGUGAACUACCUCGUUCUCGCCAUUGGCUGCCGGAAGUCGGAUGAGAACACCGCCCAGCGGUACUUCGACUACGCCCGCAGCCUCGCCUUUGAGAGCCUCAGCGGCGACCUUGGAGUCGCCAGCGUCCAGCUCUUUAUCCUUGUUACAUUCUACUCACUCACGGCGUGCCAGAUCAAUGCCGCCUUUCUUUUCUUCGGCAUCGCAGCCCGCGCGGCCUACUCGAUCGGCAUCCACCGAACGGCCGUCAAUGCCAGAUUUGGCCCAGAGCUGCAUCGGCAGAGGGAUCGUCUCUGGAAGAGCCUGAGGGUUCUCGAUCUAUUUCUCAGCACGUCCAUGGGACGACCCCCAGCCACGUCAGACUUGGACUGCACGGUCCAGUACAGGGCACACGAUGACGAAGCAGGCCACGAAACGGUUGAUCUCCUGGACGCGGCCGCCCAAAUCUUCCUCGUGAUCGAAGCCAUUGUUGUGGAGAUCUACUCACGCCGCAAGAUAUCCCCCCGGCUGACCGAAGGCAUCUCGCGAGAGCUUCGGGAGUGGUCAACCCGGUGGCUGCAGCAGCUCAAGGACAUCAUUGAGGGCACUUCGCGAUAUCACCAACCCGGGAUGGUGAAUGGCGCUUGCCAAAUCCUUUGCUCCUACUACUACGCCGUCAUUCUCGUUUCCCGGCCCUUUCUCAUGGUGGAACUGCACCGGCGGUUAUCCGAAGGCGGCCAGUUUGCAGCAGAGAGUAGAGCUUACCCCAUGACUGGGAAGUCGAAAUUGGCCGAUGCCUGUAUUGAUGCUGCAAUCUUGAUGGUGGAGCCGGUAAAAGAUCUCAUCGAGCGAGGCCUGAUGAUACGGGCCGCACCUGUGAUCGUGUAAGUGGCUUGCUUGCCCCGCUCUCCUCUCCAAUGGCUCAUGCCCCUUGACAGCUCGUGGCUCUUUGCCUCAUCGCUUGUGCUUGGCGUUGGACUGCUUGGUGGAUUCGGGCGCAUCAUCGAGAAGCACUGCCGUGCCUGCAUCGCUGCCCUCGAGUACUUUGCCCAGGCCGAUGCUCACGCCUUGCAGUACUCACUCAUCGCCAAGUCCCUCCUGACGACGGCAUUGGAGUAUCUUGAGAGGAGGGAGAUCCAGGAGCGCCAAC